AUGCAUAUUUAUGCUUCUUGUGGGUUGUGGAAGUUUGAUCCCCUAAAAGGUUGGGGAUUUGAUGUUGAUAUGAACAUACGAGGGAGAGUAUUGCUUGUGGAAUUUACAAGUUCCUUUGAAGAUCUAAGGGUUGCGGUUUACAAGGAUUUUGGAUUUGAGGAAGACGAGGUUGAGCUUGGGUUAAGCUACUUACCUAUGGAGUUAAUCGGCAGAAUUGACUGUCCCCCGGUUAUCAUUGAGAAUGAUAGGCACGUCAAAAGUUUUCUUACAUAUGUACGUGGAAAAGCUUCGACAAGGUUGUGUGUGUCUAUAAGGAAUGGAAAUAACGACAACAUUGACCUUGAUAAGGAGGAAAGUAACUCGCCUUUCAGAGAGCUACGUGAACCUUCCUCGGUUUCACGUCGAGAAGACAGUGGUAGUUCAUCUGAAUCGAAACUGAAUGUUGAAGAUGAUCAUCUCGCCUUAACUGGAAAAGAAGACGAUAGGGGGAAAAGUAUUCGGUAUUCUUUGGUCGAUGUUGUGAAGAAGGGUGAGACGUUUCUAGACAAAUCGAUGUUGAAAGCAGCACUCGAAAUGUCAGCAAUGAAGCAUAACUUCGAUUACAAAGUUGUGAAAUCGGACAGAAAACUUUGGUAUAUUCGAUGCAUUGACAACCAUUGCAAGUGGAGUGUUCGUGCUGAGGGAUUAUCAGGGUCCACAUAUUUCAUCAUCAAAAAAUAUGUGGCGGAUCAUACAUGUGCUGCCUCGAGUAUGAUUAAUGGUGGUCGGACAGCUUCUGCAAAAACCAUUGGCCGUAUAAUAAUGCAUAGGUAUGAUGGUGUGAAAGAAGGUCCCAAAACUAAUGAUAUCAUACAGAUAAUGAGAAUGGAACAUGGUUGCGAGAUAUCUAAAUCCUUAGCAUGGGAUGCUCGUGAGUUUGCAAUUAAUGUGGUUAGAGGUAUUCCCGAGCAGAGUUUUGGAAAAAUUCUGAAAUACUUGCACAUGCUGAGAGAAGCUAAUCCAGGAACAGAAACGUUUUAUGAGACGGAUGUUGAUGGUAAAUUUCGAUUUCUCUUCCUUUCGUUUGGGCAAUCAGUACGAGGUUUUCACACAGCCAUGAGAAAAGUUCUUGUUGUUGAUGGGACAUUUUUGAAAAGCAAAUACAAAGGGGUAUUACUUGUUGCGACAGCUUUAGAUGGAAACUCUAACUUGUAUCCUAUUGCAUUUGCGGUUGUGGACUCAGAAAAUGAUCGCUCAUGGGAUUGGUUUAUGAGAAAGCUAAAGGUUGUUGUUGCUGAUGAGCGUUCUCUAGCUUUUGUGUCAGACAGAAAUGGCUCACUUUGUAAGGCGAUUGAGAAUGUGUAUCCUCUUUCUCAACAUGGUAUUUGCAUUCACCAUUUGUUGAAUAAUGUAGUCUCACAUUUCAGAGGAAGAGGAUUGGUUGGAUUGAUUGCAAAAGCUUCUAAAGCUUAUAGAGGCGUUGAUUUUCAGAAGCGGUUCCAAGCUGUGUGCAAUAUUAGUCCAGCAAUUGGAAAAUAUCUAACAGAUGCAGAUGUUAGAAAGUGGGCUCGCUGUCAGUUUCCAGGAUUCAGGUAUGACCUCAGAACGACAAACCCCGCUGAAUCAAUAAACUCUGCUUUGCGCUCACCAAGAGAGUAUCCAGUCAUUCCUUUGUUGGAUAGCAUCAGAGAAAUGUUGACCCGUUGGUUUUUCGAACGUCGGACUGUAAGCAGGAAGCAUACGAAACCAUUAACUGUUGCCAUGGAGAAAAAGAUAGACAGGCGGAUUAACAAGGGGAGAACGUUUCUUGUCCAGCCAGUUAACGAGCAUCGUUUUUUGGUUCGUGGAGAUACAAUCGACUGCCUGGUUGAUUUGGACAGAAGAACUUGCUCGUGUGGGAAAUACGACCUGAUAAAACUUCCAUGUCGACACGCUAUCAAGGCUGGUUUAACGGUUGGCCGAACUCCAUCCUCACUGACGGAUGACAUGUACACUACUACCACAUGGAGAACAGCUUAUCAAGAGACUAUCAAUCCAAUAGGUGUUCCUGAGGAUAGUUGGGUUGUUCCAGAUGAUGUUCAAAAUGCUGCUGUGCUACCUCCUGAAUCAAGAAGAGGAGCAGGAAGGAGAAGAAAACGCAGAUACGAGACCGUUGAAGAAAAAAUAUUAUGGCAUUGGGACAAUUUGAUGUUCAAUAUAUGGCAUAGGGACAAUGUAUCUAUUGUUUUAUUCCAUAUUUCCAAUUUUCCCUUAUUCUUUUAA